UUAAAACAAUCACAACAGCUGAAAAUGACAUAAAGUGACAUUGACAUUGUAUAGGAACGUAUGAGUUUCAAGUCUGGGAAUAAAAUCGAGAUAUUACAAUUAUUUACAAUAUUAAGCAGUAAAAAAAAGUUUGUGCACAAGAAUCUGGUAUAAAUCUAUAUAAAUCUAAUUGUGUAAUAUUUGUCAGCGAACGUCUACAUAUUAAUUAUUAUUUUUCUGAAAUGGGGGUAUUUACGAUAGCUAUGUACUGAUUUAAAAGCAAAACUAUAGGAAUAUACUCGUAAUUUAUUUCAUUUUCACACAUAAGUAAAAAUCAUUUGUACACUAAAAACAAACCAACGAGAGUAUUAAACAGAAUCGCUCCUUUGAAAUAAUAUGGACAACAAACAAGAUUCAUUUAAAGAAUCGGUCUCUACAAUAUUUGAAAAAAAAGUUCGUGGUUGGCUUGGUGGCAUAAUAGACGAUAUGAGGCGAAGCAGUCCCGUACAGCAGUGGCUCGAUUCAUUGCCAACACAGUCCAACAGCGAGAUUGUAAACCCUGAUGAAGAUCAAGCAGAACCAACAGACAAAUCAGACAGUAAACCUGAUGACACCACCACUGAAAAUACUGUAGUAGAAACCAUAAAACUGAAGUUACAAGAAGAAAUAAAUCUAGAUGUACCUGGCCCUAAAGAUACAUGGAAAAGAAAAUCAUUGGACAGUGCUAUGCUAACAAGUACUCCUCAUAGAGGCAGUGUGAAAAGACUACAGAGAGACCACUCUGUUCAGUCAGAAGGAUACUCACCAAAAUUAAAAAAUCCAUUAUUUAGGGAUCAUUCUCUACAGUCUGAUGCUAGUGGCUCGAGUGGCAGUUCCGUGUUGAACGUGUUAGGCGCCAGAAAAGUAGACGCAGAAUCGGUUUUACUUGCCUUAGGCUUUGGGCCAAGUGAAAAACAGCAAAAAUUACAAAGAAUACCUGAUAGAUUUUUGGGUCCCUCAAGGCUUAAGGGUAUAAGCACCGAAGAAUUUAUAAAGAAUGAACAUCAUUCAAUGAGAAUGCAUGAUUGUGGAAUUUUCGGAUACAGGGGUCUGACAGAGCACUGUACACCUGUAUGCCGCUUUAUGAAACCGGUCACAUCAAAUUAUCAUAAGCAGUACCGGGUACCUGAGAUUGCUGUACAGGAAUCCUCAUGUUCCACCAUCGACAAUUGUAGCUAAAAUCAUUGGGUGUUUGUUACAAGAUGAAGUUUGUCGCGAGGAGAUUUUGCUGAAGGCUCGUCACUCUAUCGCGGAUAUGCGUAGCGCGCCCGGUGCGAACUCUCUGCUCGAACCCAAACUGCGGAACCAUUGACCUUGUUUACUGUUAUCGUGUAAUACAUUACAUGUUACAUUUAAUUAUAGCUAAUAUUGACCGGUGUUUGGAAUAAGCUAUUUCUUUCUUCAAAUUUAAAUUGAAAAGCAUAUCGAAAGAUCUCUGCUUUGUUGAACUACUUAAUAAAAUAACAAAUAUUUCCAAUUUACUUUUAGACUAAUCUGAACAGUAAAUAAUCUUAUCCGCCUUUGUGAAAAUCUCAAAAAAUCAAAAAAUUUUGUUACAAAUUAAUUUUCGUAAGUAAUAGUAGUAUUUAUUUGUAGCACCAAGCUGUGGUCGUGACGCGUCAGAUUGUCUCGACUCUUUAAUACCAAAACUAAACCAAUUCCCCCUUCAUUUCACGUUAUGAUACCAGCACAUAUCUUGUUCAGCUGGUUUUGACUAUGGCGCGAUCGUGCCACUUUCAUUAUAUUUAGAAUACUUGUUAUUGGGACGGAAAAAUUGAUGGAGUUAGUGAUCCUAACAGUCGUGAUCUAAGCUGAACUGUUAAGUUUGUAAUACAAUAUAUCUGAAAAAAUGUGUUUCUAGACUAAGUUAUUUGUCUGGGAAGUCAUAAGCAGAAUGAGAUAGUAUAAGCAGAGGCAUUUAAUUAAAAAAUUUGGAAUUAAAUAGAUUCACUUAUUGUAUACUAAAAGUUUGGUGACUGACGCGACUUAAUAAUACAGUUGAUUGUUUAGGCAUUUUCAAUGGCUAAAGUCGGUUAAGCAAAUAUAAUUUAAAUAAAAAUUUAGAGCAUCGUUUGAGUAUUUUCUAUACAGGGUAUAUGACUUUCAUUGAAUCCAAAAUUAUAAUAAAAUAUUCAAAAAUAACGGAAAAUAAAGUAUAAAAGUAUUGGAAAGUUUAAAUUUACCCGAAAUCUAAAACGGAGGCUCACAGACACACUCUCGUUUUGUUAUACUGUGGAUUUCGAUUGAGUUGCUGAAUUGUUGACUGACAAAGCAAUGAGAAUUAUCUUAUCUUGUUAAUUUAUUGUUUCUUCAGACUUAAACAUUUAAGAAGGGUAUUAACCGUUUAGUUUUUAGAAAUAAGUUCUCUCGAAUUCUUUCAAAUAGUUUUAUGACGUCUGAGUAAAUUCUUACCAUUUUACUGAGUUAUAAUUAAAUUUAAUCAAAUCUCAUUCCAGUUAACUUCAAUUUUAAUUUAUUUUCUUUUCCAGUAACUUCUUAUUUAUGUAGUAGUUCAUGAUAAUAUACUUUAAUCUCAAAAUCUUAAUAUUUGUUUUAAAAUAAUUUAAUUAUGUCCAUUUAAUAAAUUUAAACAAAAAGAUUAAUACAGACACAAUAAGAAUUACAAUACAUAAGCAAGAAAUCGCGUUUUUUUUUUUAGUAUCGCGAGAAAUCAUUAGCGCUUUCUUUUUGUUUUUUAGUUUUCGGGAAUUAAUCCCUCACGCGUGAAAAAAUAUUUUUAAACAUUGUUUUUGCCUCGUUUAUAAAUUAUUGUAUAUCUCUUCUAAUUAAUCCCGUAAACGCAUUCUCGCUCUCUUUCUUUUUAGAUUUUAUUGGAUAUUAAAAAAUAAAAGACGUUAAUUGUAAAGGUUGUGUCACGCUACAGACCAUUGUUAAGUUAAUAUUAAACUUGCCUGAUUAUGUGCAAUAAAGUGUAAAGUUGUUUUAAAUUCUAAAAAUGUUGACAUAUCUUUUAGAUUUUUUAAAUAGUUUUAAAUUUAUAAAUACGAACUUAGUUCUUUGUAAUAUUUUAGUAAUUUUUAAUUUUAUUACGCUCUCCGUACGGGUUAAUGUUAUUAAAUGGAUUCGUUUAAAUUAAAAUUGCAUCAGUGUA